CUCAAACGUUUUUUCCACUCAUUGCUACUGUUACUAUCUUUUCCUCUCUUCAUAAAUUUCAUCUCUUUCUCUCCUUUCCUUUCAAACCCUUCAACCAUUUCUCAAACCAAGAACAACAAAAAGUGAGGGUACCCUUUGAAGAAUUCAAUCUUUUUAUAGUCUCAACGUCUUUGUUGAAACUUUCUGAUCAGAAUGACGUUUGAAAGAAACUCUCCGGCAAGGUGCUACAUGACUCCGCCAUCAUCGUCGUCCUCGUGGAAAUCAAGACCUGUACGUUCUCCUACUGUGCCAUUUUCUGAGAGAAAGAAAUCACCAGCAGCUUCUGUGAGUAAAGAUGAUCUUUUUCAUGUUAUUCAUAAGGUUCCUUCUGGGGAUUCUCCUUAUGUUAAAGCCAAACAGGUUCAGUUAGUGGAUAAAGAUCCAGGUAAAGCAAUUUCCCUUUUCUGGGCUGCUAUUAAUGCUGGCGAUCGCGUUGAGAGUGCCUUGAAGGAUAUGGCUUUAGUUAUGAAGCAACUGAACCGGUCUGAUGAGGCAAUCGAAGCGAUCAAGUCUUUCCGUCAUCUCUGCCCUUCUGAUUCUCAGGAAUCUCUUGACAACAUCUUGGUUGAACUCUAUAAGAGGUCAGGAAGGGUUGAUGAAGAGAUAGGCAUGCUUCAUCAAAAGUUGAAGCAAAUUGAAGAUGGUAUGACAUAUGUUGGAAGGACAACAAAACAUGCAAGAUCUCAAGGGAAGAAAAUUCAAAUCAGUGCUGAACAAGAGAUAUCAAGGAUACUCGGGAACUUGGCCUGGGCUUACUUGCAAAAAGGCGACUAUAAAACUGCUGAAGAACAUUAUAGAAAAGCACUGUCCUUUGAGGUUGAUAGGAACAAACAGUGCAAUUUGGCAAUAUGUUUGAUGCAGAUGAACAAGGUUACAGAAGCAAGAUUUCUACUUCAGGCAGUAACAGCGGCGACAAAAAACAGAAAGAUGGACGAUUCUUUCGUCAAGUCUUAUGAACGCGCUACACAAAUGCUGCAAGAGAUGGAGUCAACAGCACCAUCAGUGGAUUCGGUCAAAGAUAAAGGUGAUAAUAAAUUUAAUGAAACUGAGAGAUUUUCAGGGAGGAAUAUGUCAUCGCCAUACUCCACACCGAAUUUGGAGAGCUCAAAUGGAAAGACCACUGGUACGGUUAAAAGUAGGACAGAAAAUAAUCGGUCUUUGACAUCUGAUGCCAAAGACUCUCAUCAUUCUCAUGCUAGGAGAAGAUUAUAUGAGUCUCUUGAUCCUGCAAAAUCCGAUCCGAAGGUUCCUCCUUACACAAAACCAAAAAGACCUUCAUGGGGUUUCAACAGUCAUUCAGAUUCUAAACCUUCGUUUGUGAGUUAUCCUAAUGAGAAGGCUCCUUACAUUAUUAAGCCAAACUCAACACAGAAUGGGUUUUCUCCUCGCACCGCCACAAAUUGGAGAACAAGGACACCGGAAGGUGAUGCUGCAAUAGUAAAAUAUGGACCUACAACAACAGUAAAGCAAGGAAACAAAACAACAGUUUUCAGUUCUGGUUCGAUAUAUCCUUUGAACACAGAAGCAGCUAUGAAAUUCACAAAGAAUGACAACAACAACAAAUUCACAGUAACCAAUGAAUUUGCAGCUUCUGUUGAUACAAAAGACCAAAAUCAAGACAAAAAACUGGCGAAGAAGAGUUGGGCGGAUAUGGUAGAAGAAGAACAACAAUCUGAAGAGUAUGAGUUAUUCUAUAAAGGUUAUACAAAUUUUGAUGCUCAAGUGUUUCAAAAUGAAAAUGAAAACUCAAACAUAGUCUAUCAACCUCCUUCUCGUCGGUCACAUUACGAAACUGAAAGUUUAAACCAGAAUCUUGAAUUUAUGAACUUGAAAGAUGGCUAUAAUGCUGCACCUGUGAAUGAUACUUGGUUGAGGAAUCCAACUGUAAGGCGUUCGUUGUUUACCAAUGCGGAAAUGACAAAUGAAAGGGAUGUAUUCUCUGGAGAGGAGAAGCGAACAAGGAGAGCCAGGUUGCAGGUUUUUCAGGAUAUUACCUCCUCAUCCUGAAACCUUAAACCAACCUUUGCAUAAGAUUUAUUUGCCUCUGGAUGUGACCAAAUGUCCUUAACUCUACUAGGUUAUUAAGGUUUUAUUUGCUUUUUUAGAUUACAGGAACAUCAUGGUUAGCUUUCAAGUUUCAAUGAAGGCAUUUUGUUUGAUUAGUAGUUUAGCUUAUUCUUUAAUUCAUACUCAUUGUAUUCAUGAUUCCCUCUGUACUGUAAAAUAGUUUCAUAUUGAAACUGAGAGUGGAGAUUUUUGCUACACACAGAUUUGAAUAGCUUCAUUACUUGUAUGUA